AUGCCCUUCGAGCUCCAUCCAGCCGUGGGCGCCGCCCUGGCGGCCAUGAUGGGCCCAAACCCACCACCUCCACUUCCAGUCCACGACAUCGCCGGCCGCCGCGCCCAACUCAACACCUUCUUCUCCGGCCUCGCCCACGGGCAACCAGCCAUCCCAGAUGUAAUGACCAAAGACUUCACCACCACCGCCCCGGACGGCCACCAACUCCUCCUCCGCUGGUUCACCAAAACCGGCAUCCCCCAAAGCACCCCAGGCCCGGCGAUCUUCUACUCACACGGCGGCGGCAUGAUCGCCCUAUCCCUCGAACACUACACCCAAGUGCUCAGUCGCUACGUCUCACGCACCGGCGUCCCCUUCCUCGCAGUCGAAUACCGCCUCGCCCCCGAAGUCCAAGCCCCGAUCCCGGUAACAGACGCCUACGCCGGCCUCCGCUGGCUCCACGCACACGCCGGCGAACUCAACGUCGACCCCACCCGCAUCGCAAUCAUGGGCGACUCCGCCGGCGGCGGCAUCACAGCCUCCUUGGCCCACUACAUCAAACUCCAAGGAACCCCGCGCGUGAAGAAGCAAAUCCUCAUCUACCCCAUGCUCGACGACCGCAACGUGCACGCGGACCCCAAUAUCGCCCCCUUCGCCACGUGGAGCACCGACGACAACAUCACCGGCUGGACAGCCCUGCUUGGGAAAGACCGCAUCGGCACCGACGACGUCAGUGUGAUUGAAGCCGCCGGGCGCAUGACGCCUUCCGAAGCGAGGGGCCUGCCGCCAGCGUAUAUCGACGUCGGGGAGUUGGAUCUGUUCCGAGACGAGGAUCUGGAGUAUGCGAAGAACUUGGGCAAGGGAGGGGUGAGUUGUGAGUUGCAUCUCGUGCCGAAUGUGCCGCAUGCGUAUGAGGGGUUCGCGCCGGAGAGUGAUGUGGCGAGGUUCAUCAUUGAUAAGAGGGAGCAGGUUAUCAAGAGUCUUUAG